GAUGUGUGGGAGUGGGACCCACAGAGUUGGGCCCCACUCGUCGGAAAAACUAAACGGUGAUCCGUAGGCCCGCUACACCGAAGACCCGGUCCAUGUAGACUUCCCACGGGCUACCCGUGUUCGCGCAUCGAAAUCAAACCGAAAUUAGCGGCUGUGAUUCCAAGAUCACGCCAUCCUCUCUCUCCUCUCCUCCUUCCCACCGUCCCCCCGCCCUUCCCGGCGUUCCGUUCCCCUCCGCCCCUUCCUCCCAAGGUUAGGGUUAGGGUUUCCCCUCGCCACGAUCACCACCACCACCACCACCAUCUCGGGACGGCGACCGUCGGGAUGUCGGAAGCGGACCCCCAGGAGCGAAACGUCUACGGCCACGACGCCGUCGCCGGGGCGGAGGACCUGGACGGCGCCAUCUCCGUCCCCGCGGCGGCGCCGGAGCAGGAGCACUUCGCCGACGCCGCGGACUCGGCCAUGCCGCUGAUGAGCGCGGGCUCGAACCAGCUCACGCUCUUGUUCCAGGGCGAGGUCUACGUCUUCGACUCGGUCACCCCCGAAAAGGUUCAAGCUGUCUUAUUGCUACUAGGAGGGUGCGAAGUUCCAACAGGUAUUGCUAGUAUGGCAUUACCUGCUCAACAAGAUGAGAGGGUUUAUGACGAUAUACUUAGGCGGACAGAUAUUCCGGCAAAAAGGAUUGCUUCACUUAUCAGGUUCCGUGAAAAACGGAAGGAAAGAAAUUUUGAUAAGAAAAUCCGUUAUACUGUUCGCAAGGAGGUAGCCCUCAGGAUGCAGCGUCGAAGAGGGCAGUUUGCUGGGAAAGCAAAUGCAGAAGGGAUCUCGGCCUCCCCAAGCUGUGAUCCUCCUCAGGGCUCAAGCCAAGAUGAGCCACCUAGAGAAUCCAGAUGCCAAAAUUGUGGAAUAAGUGAGAAAAUGACACCAGCUAUGCGCCGUGGACCAGCUGGUCCUAGGUCCUUGUGCAAUGCUUGUGGACUUAUGUGGGCGAACAAGGGCACUCUGAGAAGCUUCUCUAAGGCGAAAAUAGAUACCCAGAAUUCUGCUAAUCCAAGUGAGGAGGGUGACACUAUACAUUCCGUGAUGGGAAGUGAUAGUAAAGCAAUUGUUCAUGUGUCAGACAAUCAUAAUACAAUCCCAACCAGCGCUGAGAUGUGAGUGCGAAGAGUUUGGCUUUUCUUCUUUUUCCUUCGGGCAGAGUGGGAAUAACAGAGGGUGUACCAGCUGAUGUGCGGCAAGAGACAGAGGAGGAUCUAAAGACUGAAUUGUGAUAAAUCUAAUAACUCGUCAGUUUGUCAAUAGAAGCUAAUGGAUUCGGCUAAUGUGUGUUUAAAUCGAUGGCAUGAAAGUUGUAAAGCAGUAGGAUUGUAGGAUGAGAAAAGAUAUAUUGGUAUCUUUAUCAGUUGUACAUCAUGCCUCUAGUACAUUUGGUGAACCUUUAACAUGUGUUCUCUGACACUGAUUAGUGUGAUUAACAUCAUUCCAAGUUAAAUUUAACUUGGAAUGUAUUCAAUAGAUCAAGUUGAUGAAAAAGAGUAUAUUUUUUUGAUA